UUUCUCCUUGCUUCUGCAGGCUGGGGGAAAGGCAGCUGGAAGCAAUCCAACUCUGGCGGUGCUUGGGGAGGGAUCCAACAAAAAGGGAAAAAAGAUGGAGAGAAUUUACCCUUUUUAUUUCUUUUUGCCUUUGUUUUUGUUUGCACUACUUCCAUCCGAUGACUGGAAAGUAAAGGGAACGUGGAGUUGGGCAGCCAAGUAGCGCUUUGGGAAACUGCGAGAGUGUGUUUGGAGACGUGUAAAGUUGCCUUUCAAGCUCUGGCCUCCAGGGCACGCGAUGCUGGCGGCGGGCUGACUCAGGGCUGUCUGGGCCUCCCUCUCACUCUCCUGGAAAUGAUGCAAGUCUGACUGUCACCUGGAUCCCUGCAGCCCAGCCUGGAAUCCGUCUGGAUUGGGGGAGGGACAAGAAACGACACCCCAAGUGUUGCACGGCCCACCAAAGUGGGAAGAUGGGACAGUUGUUCAGGCCAAAUCCUGCAUGUAGUGCUUCUGCUCCAAUCUUCACUAGUGCUUUUUUUUUUUUUUAAUGCAAAACGUCACAACGCUAGGAAUUCCCAUACGCGCUCAGUUGCCCCACAGCAUCACUGUGCCCAGGAAGCUGCUCAAUCUAUCAAAGGCUCGGGGCUGGGAAUCUCACUAAAUUCCAAAUGCUGGAAAGAAGAAACUUUCCCAGCUCGACGCUGUGUGAUGCGAGCCAGGGACCCUGGGAGGACGCCGUCCCAGCGCGGACCGCCCCUCUUGCCCUUGGUUAGUGGUAACUGGGGCUGGGAUCCGCUUUUCUGUUUUGAAGUCCGCGCGGCCAUUGCCCUGGAGCACCCGCACACGCGCACGCAUCGCUGGCCGCGCUCAGACACACUCACACACACACACGCACGCAAACGCGUGGCCACCGCCAGGUCGGCAACUUUGUCGGGCACUCCCUGUGGCGCUCGGCUUCCUCUCGUAGUAGUUGGGCGCAGGCCCCGCCUCCCGGCCGUGUUGUCAAACGGGCCGGGGUCUCGGAUUGGUCCAGCCGCCGGGACAACACCUGCUCGACUCCUUCAUUCAAGUGACACCAGAGCUUCCAGGGAUAUUUGAGGCACCAUCCCUGCCAUUGCCGGGCAUUCGCGGCGCUGCUAACGGCCUGGUCACAUGCUCUCUGGAGAGCUACGGGAGGGCGCUGGGUAACCUCUAUUGGAGCCGCGGCCGCGAGGAAGAGGGAAAAGGCGAGCAAGGAGAAAGAGUGGGAGGCGGAGGGGAAGCAGUGGAGGAGGAAGAGGAGAGGGAGCACAAAGAAUCCAGGUCUCCCGGCGCGAGGUUUAUACCAAGAACCAUGUGUGCCGAGCGGCUGGGCCAGUUCGUGACCCUGGCUUUGGUGUUGGCCACCUUCGACCCGGUGCGGGGGACGGACGCCACCCACCCUCCCGAGGGUCCUCAAGACAGGGGUUCCCAGCAGAAAGGCCGUCUGUCCCUGCAGAACACAGCGGAGAUCCAGCACUGUUUGGUCAACGCUGGAGAUGUGGGGUGUGGCGUGUUUGAAUGUUUCGAGAACAACUCUUGUGAGAUUCGGGGCUUACAUGGGAUUUGCAUGACUUUCCUGCACAACGCUGGAAAAUUUGAUGCCCAGGGCAAGUCAUUCAUCAAAGAUGCCCUGAAGUGUAAGGCCCACGCUCUGCGCCACAGGUUCGGCUGCAUAAGCCGGAAGUGCCCGGCCAUCAAGGAGAUGGUGUUCCAGCUGCAGCGGGAAUGCUACCUCAAACACGAUCUGUGCGCGGCUGCCCAGGAGAACACCCGGGUGAUGGUGGACAUGAUACAUUUCAAGGACUUGCUGCUGCACGAACCCUACGUGGACCUCGUGAACUUGCUGCUGACCUGUGGGGAGGAGGUGAAGGAGGCCAUCACCCACAGCGUUCAGGCUCAGUGUGAGCAGAACUGGGGAAGCCUGUGCUCCAUCCUGAGCUUCUGCACUUCGGCCGUGCAGAGGCCCCCCACAGUGCCACCUGCACACCACAUCCAUGUAGACAGAGCCAGGCUCCCCAGGGCCCACCAUGGGGACACGGGCCAUCACCUCCCCGAGCCCAGCAGUAGGGAGGCUGGUGGAGAUGCCAAGGGCGAGCGAGGUAGCAAAAGCCACCCAAAUGCCCAUGCCCGGGACAGAGCUGGGGGCCUUGGGGCCCAGGGACCUUCUGGAAGCAGCGAGUGGGAGGAUGAACAGUCCGAGUAUUCUGAUAUCCGGAGGUGAAAUGAAAGGCCUGGCCACAAAAUCUUUCCUCCACGCCGUCCAUUUUCUUAUCUAUGGACAUUCCAAAACAUUUACCAUUAAAGAGGGGGGAUGUCACAUGCAGGAUUUUGUGGGGCUUGUGGACUUCAUGAAGGUGUAUGUUAGCGGAAUGAGCAGGUGAGGUGGAGACUCCGGGGCAGAGGUCUCAGUGGUGCCUGGCGGAUUCUGCCCUCACACGCACUCACGCGAGCAUGCCCGAGUCCUCCUCAGGACUUGUCUUCCUUCCAUCCGUGGAGCCAGUGGGUGUCAGCUGCUCUGUUGUGGGGGAGGUAGAGAGGGGAGGGGCAGGGUGGAGCAGACCCACCCAGGCUGGGCUGCACCCUGGAGCUUCGGGUGCUGUGUCUGUGGGGGUUGGGGCGUCUGGGUUCCAGGGCAGGAGUGAAUAGAAAAAUAUUGCUGGGAAGGCAGGAGGAGGGUGGAAAAGAGACAGGGGUCGAGGGCUGCUUGGUGUAAACCGGAAUACAGUUUCUUGCCUGGGACCUUGCAGUUCAGAGCUGCUCGGGGGAGGCGGGGUGGAGGGAAGAGUGUAAUUUCUAUAUGUAACUUCUGAGCCAUGUUCUGUCUGGGGGACACUGACCAAGGAAGUGGCCCCUAUGAGUUUAUAUUUUAACCACUGCUUCAAAUCUCAAUUUCACUUUUUUAUUUAUCCAGUGACAUCUACAUAUCUGUCAUCUAAAUAAAAGGCUUUCAAACAAAGCAACCGGGUCAUUAAAACCAACUCCAAAGGGGGAAAUAAAAUCCCAGCCCCAUCCUUUGAGUAUGAUUUUUUUUUUUUAAGUCCUGUUGAAAAAGGAAUCAACACCAAGGUGGUAAUACAUCUGACCUCCUGGCGUGGGCCCACACCGUUCUGGGGCAAACCUUCCUCCCAGAGGAAAAGGCACAUAUGAAGAGCACAUUUGACAGAUUUCCCUUAGAAUGUUGUAUACCUUGACCCUCAGCCAAGAUCGAUAAUGCACCGUACCGGUGAUUCUGUGAGGCCCACUAGGAAACUGGCUUCUCCAAGCUAGAGCCUGGGAAGGCGGAGAAGAGAAUGGAGACUACUUAGUGAUUCCCAUUCAGCAAUGCUGACCUCUUGCAUAAAUGGAGGAGACUGCUGCAGAUCUCUAAGGGACAGGAUUUUCCAGAUCCUGAUUGGAAAUUUAGCGACGAGGAGUCAAAAAUGGACAAAAGAAUAGCAGAAGAAGUAGAGCUUAAAAUACAAGGAAGGGAGGGAAAGGACUACCAUGGAAAAUCCCAGCAGUGGAUUUCUUGUGGUGACUUAAAACUUCUCACAGAUAAGACCUUUUUUUUUCCCCCUAAUAGGCUAUCAAAUAAAAGCGUAUUCUUUCUCGAAGCCAGUACUUGAAUAGGAGCCAGUAUUACAAGGACUGAUGCCUGUUCUUAGCCAGGCCCUUCUGGAGCAAGGGUUGCCACACGUGUUCUGUAAAGGACCAGACAGUAAAUGCAGUACUUUGCAGUUUAGCAGACCGUAAGGGCUCUGUUGAAAAUCCUCAACUCUGCCAUUGUGGCACAGAAGCAGCCAUAGACACCCCAUACUCAAAAGGACUUGGCUCUGCUCCAGUCAGAUUUUAUUUAACCGGCUGGAGACCAAGAAGCUAAAUGUAACUGCUCUAAAAUGACAUGUUCUAGGGAAUAGCUUACCCAAAACACAGCUAGUAUUUCUAUGCCCCAAAUCCAACCCCCAUCUUUCAUGGUAGGGGAGAAAAAAAUCAUUUGCGGGGAGGGAACACGGCAGGAGACACACCCAGCAAGAUCUGGGGCUGCAGAGAGCAGAGGAGUUGGUGCUCUUAAUCCAGCUCUGCCCUCAGGGGGAGGAGGACCUGCAUGUCAGGCUCUGCCAUGGGAACCGAGUGUAAACUGGCCGUCUCCUGCCGUGGGCCACUGCAGCGCCUUGACUGUUUUACUCACAUCACUCAAAAGCUAAAGCAAUAACAUUCUCCUCAUUGCUGAGUCAGCAGUUCAUUUGUUCUCCAGCUCCUGGACUGGAUGUGUGAAAGGCAUCACUUUUGUAUUUUCCUCCGUGUAAAUGUUUUCUGUGUUCGCCUACUGAUGUCCCAUUUGUUGCUUCUAUUGUAUUAAUAAAUAUUUGUCAUCUGUAUUUAUUAUCUCUUGUGUUUUCCCCUGAAGGCAUAAAAUCACUUACUAUGUUCAUUUGAACCCA